ACAACCAAUACACUUUCCAGGCAGCGUUGUCUUCAAGGCAGAUAGGAAAAAGAACACAGCUUUUGAUGACGGUACAGGGAAAAGCCCUCCUCUUUCUCCUUGGACUUGCACUCUAAUAUUUUAAACAAUAAACUGCCUUUGCAUCCGUGUGAAAAACCAACUAUGGCCCACACUGAACAGCAGACGGAGCUAAUGAGAGGUAAAAACACGUAAGGAAAACAGCAGCGCACGUACACGCACGCAGCGCUCCGCGUCCGGAUUAAAAAAAGAGAGAGAGAAAAUAUUUUACGGUGUUAACCUGCAACGUAGAAAUCAAAUUUCAUUCCAGACGUCGUUUUAUAAAAUGAAAACCAACCCCGUCUAAUUCUUGUAUUUCCAUAUGUUAUUGUUUUCCCACACUCCACCACGGCGCUGGCGCCAUGCUGAUGGCGGAGGAGAUGUAAAUGGCUACCCAAAUGGCCGAAGGGUUAGCCUCCUGUAAGGGGGACCGAGAGGCUCUGAUACGAUACUUGAAUCAGUUCAGGCAGGUCUCCGAGAGCGAUAAGCACUGGACAGCGAGGAGGCAGUUCCUUGUGAAACAUGUAUGGGAUUAUGAGGUCAACACGGACCAGCUGCUGUCCCUAUCAAUGGUGUGGACCAACCACGUCUUCAUGAAAUGCCGGUAUAGCCCUGAGAUCAUGCGGAAGGUCCUUGAUAUGGCUGAAGGGAUUGACAUAGGGGAGAUGCCGUCCUUUGAGCUGGUGCCUGGAGCCACAGCAAACAAGAGACCAAGCUCUUCAAAUGGAGGUGACGUGCCGGUGAAGAAACCAGCAGUGUCCAGGCUUGUCACCAGACCUCGAUUCGAGCCCGUCCACUUUGUAUGUAGCAGCGGCACAGAGGAGAAAGAGAACGAGAAAAAGCACACAAGGAGCGACAUGGACAGCGGUGGAGAGCGUGCUUCUGAUGCUAACAGCAGACCUACACAAACUGCCCAAGACCCCUGCUUUCAGAACACUACUCCAUAUGUUUUUGACUCGGGAACAAAUCAAGAAGAUUGUGACGCAGCAGCCAGCACUAGCGGUUUUGGUCUUCAGAACCAGGACAAGACCGCCUCUUCAAACUUCAUGACGAAAACGCAGCAGGACUAUGCUGCUAAGUAUGAGGCGCAUCAUUCGAAGCGGUCUGAGAGUUCCCAGAGUAAGAGGGUGGAAGAGAUUUGGGGCAGCACUCCAGCCAGCUCUCGAGAUGUCCAUAGGGGGUUGGGGUUUGCAAAGCAGGAAGCACCCGAGCCUAGUGGGACCUUCAACAGGACCAAGCAGCCAGCUGAGAGGAGCUCCCACCCUUCCAUGUAUGAUUCUCCUAAACCAGUUCCUGUCUCUUCGGCCACGAUCGAGGAGAAGCAGAGGUUGAUCAUCAGGGUGGCAUCGAUAGUCUGCAUUACCUAUGCUGAUCCCACAACUUUGAACUCUGGGGACAUACCCAAUUAUAACUUUAUACUGAGCCGCAGCAUCCAAGCUUGUAAGACCAACCCUGAAUAUUUCUACAUCUCCCUCAAAGAGAUCCCUCCGGCUGACCUCCCAAAGAACAGAAAGCUGCCCACGGACGGCUAUGCUUGUGAGUUAAGGUGCCAGCGUGUCUACCUGGCGACGGGCUACUCUGGCAGCAAAAACGGAGCCAGGGAUCGCGCAUCAGAGCAGGCAGUGAAACUGUUUUUAAAGCCUGUGGAGGUGAGAGUCGUCCGCCGCAAAUUCAAGCAUGGCUAUAUCGACGACUUGGUCGUGUGUCAGACGCACGCCCACAAUCUCAGCUUUCCUCCGGCACUACGGAACCCAGAGGAAAAGCCCCCGUCAGGCCCCAGAGGUCAUUUUGAGCCGGACCCAAGGAAGCACUGGAGCACGUUUGUCAUUGUUGACAAUGCUCACGAUGCCAUAUGCAUCCUCAAUAACUCGGCUGCCUUCAACCGGAUGAAGAUAGAUUACAAAUUCAACAAUAUCCCCAACACCAACACCUGGCAGUGCAGCGUGUACCUGCAGGAUGAGUUUGUGGCGCGAGCGAACGGAAACAAGAAAUCCUCCAAGCAUGCGGCAGCAGAGGAGGCCCUCCGCAAGCUGCGGCAGAACCAGCCGGCAACACCGCAGUUUCCCAGGUCGAACCAUCACAGCGACAACGGUGGCCGCCACCACCAGUCAACCGGCAGGAAACGGCAGCUGAGCGAGCUCGUCAUCUUGGAGAAUUCCGACAACGCCAUCUGCAUCAUCAACGACACGGCUCAGUUCAACAAGAUGGCAGCCGACUACAGGUUUGUGGUGAUGCCGGACCACCGGUGGAAGUGCGAGGUGUACCUGGAGGGCCAGUUCGUUGCCGCGGGGAUCGGGCCGAAGAAGAUCGUGAAGCACAUCGCGGCGGAGGAGGCCCUGGCCAAACUGAGGCAAACGCAGGCGGUGGUGAAGUCAAACCUGAGGAAAGAGGGCAACGAGGAGGCCAUCUCUCGCAACCAGAUCCAGGCACACUCGUCUGAGGAGGCCAUGAAGCAGGAGAUCAAGGAGGACAACAUCGGCAACCAGCUGCUGCGGAAAAUGGGUUGGAAAGGAGGUGGUCUGGGAAGAGAAGGGGAGGGCAUCGCAGAGCCCAUCAAAGUGAAAGAACAGUUCUCCAGGGAGGGCCUCGGCCUGGACAUGGACAAGGGAGGCAACCGUUUAAACAAGAGAGACAUCGAGGAAAUCAUUCGCAAUUACGCCUGCUCGGAAAGGCAGGACGAUUUGAGGUUCUCUACUGAGCUGAACAACGACGAGCGCAAGCAGAUCCAUCAGAUGUCUCAGAAGUAUGGCCUUCGCAGCAAGUCCUACGGACAGGCGAAGCAGCGGUUCCUGAUAGUCAGCCGGAAGGUUCAGAAGGAGCAGUUGAUCGGUCAGCUUUUGCAGGAAGGACAGGUUGGCCGAUACGAGUUGGUGAAACCUCAGGCCCGUUUUCAGUAAACACAUUUUGUACUGUAAUUGCCUCAUUCCUCCCAAGUUAAAAUAUUUUUACCAGGAAAUGCUUCAAUUAAAUAAAGUCAGUCAGAGUCAUUUUGCUUAACAUUGUAUUGCCCUGUGCUUUCCUUUCCAUUUCUCACUCUGAGAUAUAAACAUGCAGGCCUGCCCCUUGCCAUGUGUUAAUUUUGACACCUGGUUCUAACAUUUGUAGCUUGCAACAGGACUUGCAUUAUACUUCCAGAGACUGGUUAGUAGACUGGUGGGUAGUGUGUUGAAUUUUUCAAGAGAAAUAUAUUUGCAGUUUAUGGUGGACAUUCGAGGAAAAUGAAACAAGAAUACAAAGGUGAAAUUGGAUGGGGUCUGUAACAUACUACCAGUAGAUCCAAUCCCAUUCUUGGAUGACUGACUUCUAUUAUAUAUAAACUUAUGGAAACUAUAAUAAGAUUCAAAAUGGAAAAUUACCUAUAUGGUAACAAUAUCCUGGGAGACAGCCAGCAUGGUUUUAGGAAAGGGAGAUCAAGUCUAACUAACCUACUUGACUUUUUUGAGGAUGCAACAUUGAAAAUGGAUAACUGCAAAGCAUACGACAUGGUCUAUUUAGAUUUCCAGAAAGCUUUUGACAAAGUCCCGCAUAAAAGAUGAAUUCUCAAACUGAACGCAGUAGGGAUUCAAGGAAAUGCAUGCACAUGGAUUAGGGAGUGGUUAACAGGUAGAAAACAGAAAGUACUGAUUAGAGGAGAAACCUCAAAAUGGAGUGAGGUAACCAGUGGUGUACCACAGGGAUCAGUAUUAGGUCCUCUGCUAUUCCUAAUCUACAUUAAUGAUUUAGAUUCUGGUAUAGUAAGCAAACUCGUUAAAAUUGCAGACGACACAAAAAUAGGAGAGGCAAACACUGUUGAAGCAGCAAAGGUCAUUCAAAAUUAUCUAGACAGCAUUCAGAACUGGGCAGACACAUGGCAAAUGAAAUUUAAUAGAGAAAAAUGUAAAGUAUUGCAUGCGGGCAAUAAAAAUGUGCAUUAUAAAUAUCAUAUGGGAGAUAGUGAAAUUGAAGAAGGGAACUAUGAAAAAGACCUAGGAGUUUAUGUUGACUCAGAAAUGUCUUCAUCUAGACAAUGUGGGGAAGCUAUAAAAAAGGCUAACAAGAUGCUCGGAUAUAUUGUGAGAAGUGUUGAAUUUAAAUCAAGGGAAGUAAUGUUAAAACUAUACAAUGCAUUAGUAAGACCUCACCUAGAAUAUUGUGUUCAGUUCUGGUCACCUCGUUACAAAAAGGAUAUUUCUGCUCUAGAAAGAGUGCAAAGAAGAGCAACCAGAAUUAUCCCAGGUUUAAAAGGCAUGUCGUAUGCAGACAGGCUAAAAGAAUUGAAUCUAUUCAGUCUUGAACAAAGAAGACUAUGUGGCGAUCUGAUUCAAACAUUCAAAAUCCUAAAAGGUAUAGACAAUGUCAACCCGGGGGACGACUUUGACUUGAAAAAAGAAAAAAGGACCAGGGGUCAUAAAUGGAGAUUAGAUAAAGGGGCAUUCAGAACAGAAAAUAGGAGGCACUUUUUUACACAGAGAAUUGUGAGGGUCUGGAACCAACUCCCCAGUAAUGUUGUUGAAGCUGACACCCUGGGAUCCUUCAAGAAGCUGCUUGAUGAGAUUCUGGGAUCAAUAAGCUACUAACAACCAAACGAGCACGAUGGGCUGAAUGGCCUCUCCUCUCGUUUGUAAACUUUCUUAUGUUCUUAUGUUCUCAUGUUCUUAUGUUAAUGAUGUGUUCUGAUGGAGGGGCAGUGUUUUUGUUGUUGUAUUUUAAAAUAUGGUAAAUUGAUGACAUGCAAAAAAAAUGUCAAAGGAUCUAAUAAAUUCCUCUUGUCAUUAUUUUA